AUGUCCAUGGAGCGGCUGCGCGAGCUCCAGGGCCUCUCGGAGCAGCGCGCCGUGUCCUCCUUCGCCCACCGCGGCCGCAUCCAGUCCAUUCUGCGAGGCAGAAUCAUUGGUGGCGGAAGGCCUACGCAGGACGACGUGCCGAUUUCUACGGCGGCGGCCGGAGAAUCAGGGCAGAUCACACAUAGCCAUCCUGCCUCCGGAGCAGAAAACAUCACCAUUGAUCAAGCAACUCACCAUCACCUGGAGAAUGCUUCUGCCAGCCAUGAGAUCAUCCAGGCGCUUCAGCCAGCACAAGAUCAGCCCGGCAACGUCCCAAACACUGAUGAUGCUCUGGAGAAUGGCCGGCUUGAUCAGGAACAAGACCUGCAGGGGUACCAGGAGUACUCGUCGGACUCGGGGUCGUCGGCGCAGAGCGGCGAGCACUCCGGCUCGUCCUCCUCCGACGGCAGCGGCAGCGCGCGGCAGGAAGCCGUAGCUUACGUGCCGCCGCCACCCGGUGUGCUGUGGCCAGGGGAGACGUCUGGUGCCAGUGGCCAGGAAGCAGCGGGGGAGGAGGAGGAGGAGGAGGAGUGGCAUGUCAUUGAUAACCCAGAAGCAGCUGAAGCGCAGCGAUGGCGGCCGGAAGAUGAUCUAGGUGGCUUCGCCCGGCAUAACCGUCUCCGGGAAGACGCGCUCUACGGGAUGUACAGGGCUGAGCUCAGAGAGCUCCUAAGCAGGCGCAGCGUCUCCAAUCUGCUCAGCAGCGGCUUCCGCGAGAGCCUGGACCAGCUCGUGCACUCGUACGCUCAGAGGCAGGAGCAUGACCCUCCGGCGCCACUCAACCAACACCAUGUCCAGCACCACCGGAUCGACGGAUCGGACCGGGCCGAGCAGGCCGCCGCCGGCCAGAGGCAGCAGCGGCGCUGGCGGAUGGUGCCGCCUCGCCGUGACCGGAGCCGGCAGCCCAUGCAACGGGCAGAUGAACUUGAAGUUGAUGAGGCCAUCCACGACCUGCGGGACGACAUGGCCGUGCUCCAGCGCGGGAUGGCCAGCACGCAGCAGAUGCUGCAGGCGUGCAUGGAGAUGCAGGUCGAGCUGCAGCGCUCCAUCCGGCAGGAGGUCGCCUCUGCCAUGCACCGCUCUCUGUCCCUCCAUGGGACAGUUAGAUGGUACGAUGAUGGAUCACAGUGGGAGCUGGUGAGGAAAGGGACCUGCUGCAUUUGCUGCGACAGCCAGAUCGACUCGCUUCUCUACAGGUUCGUUCUGCUUCCAUUUGCCAUCCCUCACCUUGAUUAUGUGCACACACAUACACAAACACGAUGUGACGUUGGUUCAUCUUGUGAUGGCAUUCUCAGGUGUGGGCACAUGUGCACCUGCUCAAAGUGCGCCCGCGAGCUGCUCCGCGGCGCCGGCAAGUGCCCGCUGUGCCGCGCGCCCAUCGUCGAGGUCGUCCGGGCUUACAGCAUAAUCUGA